CUAGUUAUAUUUAUGAAACUUAGAUCCAAUGUCUAAAAUUAUCAGAGAUAUACAAGGAUUUAUCAGUUGUAAAUCAUUAGCAAUAGUAACGAUUAUCACAGUGUUCUUUUUAUCGUGUGUGGUUGUUUCUGCAGAUAAAAGUUUCAAACUUGAGAGCUUAUCAAGUCACAACAAUGGCACUACGACUAAACUUAUGGAUACUUCCUUUUCUCAACAAAAGUAUGCUUCGGCAAAGUCUAAACGAUCAGAUUACCAGCAUUUAUGGCCGGAAAUGAGAUUUGGAUGGCGGAUCGUAGUUGGUUCAAUUAUUGCAUUUAUUGCAUCAGCAUUUGGGAGUGUAGGAGGAGUGGGUGGUGGUGGAAUUUACGUUCCUAUGCUUAUUCUAGUUAUCGGAUUUGAUGCGAAGUCCUCUGUCCCAAUAUCUAAAUGUAUGAUAAUGGGUACUGCUGCUUCAACUGUUUACUGCAACCUUAAGAGAAGGCAUCCAACACUUGAAAUGCCUGUAAUCGAUUACAAUUUGGCGGUGCUUAUACAACCGAUGCUCAUGUUAGGAAUUAGUAUCGGUGUAGGUCUAGGUGGGAUCCUAGCGGAUUGGAUGGUCACAGUUCUUCUAAUUGUUCUUUUUAGUGGCACAUCAGCUAUGAUGCUCUUGAAGGGCACACAGUUAUGGAAAAAGGAAACAAUAGCGAAGAAGGUUCAGGAAGAUGCUGCACGUAUCGAAUUAAAUGAUGUUCGAAGUGAAGAAGUGGAACAGAAUCGUCAACCAAGUGAUGCCAGCAAUUCCGUUCAGAAAAAGGCCAAUGAGGUGCCUGUUCUUAAGAAUGUCUACUGGAAGGAACUUGGUGUUCUUGUCUUUGUCUGGGUCUCAUUCCUUGUGAUGCAAAUCCUGCAGAUACGUACAACAACCUGUUCAACAGUAUACUGGGUUCUGAGCUCAAUGCAGAUCCCUGUUUCAGUAGGAGUUACUUUGUACCAGGCAGUUUGCUUUCACAAGGGAAAGAAGGUGCUCGAGCCUAUGGGAGAAGCAGGUACUGAAUUGAAAGUACAUCAGCUAGUCCUCUACUGUUUUCUUGGUGUACUCGCUGGUAUGGUUGGUGGGCUUCUAGGUCUUGGCGGAGGUUUCAUUUUGGGUCCUAUGUUCUUGCAGAUUGGUGUACCUCCUCAGGUUGCUAGUGCCACAGCCUCCUUUGCCAUGAUGUUCUCCUCGUCUAUGUCUGUUAUAGAAUUUUACCUUCUAAAGCGUUUUCCAAUACCUUAUUCUGCGUACUUUCUAGCCGUUGCAAUUGUUUCCGCUGUAGCAGGCCAAUAUGUAGUAAGGAAGUUGAUCAUUGCACUAGGAAGGGCAUCUCUCAUUGUCUUCCUCCUAGUCACAUUAUUCUUUGUGAGCGCAUUUCUACUAGGUGGGGUUGGAAUAUCCAACAUGGUCAAACAGAUUCAGCAUAAGGAGUACAUGGGAUUUCAGAACUUGUGUCAUGCCUAGUAUUAGUAUGAUUCAGAUUCUCCUAACAACUGGUAACAAGUGAUGUAUAUCAACUGCAGAAUGGCACCAGAAAAGCCCACUAACUUACACAUAGUGUUUGAGAUCAAUCACAAAAUAGACAUGUAAAUGAACAUGACUGGAACAAGAUAAUUGGCUAGACAUUUGAGCAUUUCGACAACAUUGUUCUUAACUCUCUGCAGUUUAGUUAGCUAACUAGCAUAAUUGAUUUGGAAGGCUUUUGCAAGGAGUAAUUAAAAUUUCACAGCACGAGUAUUGUAUGUAUUGU